AACUACCAGCCUGGGCAUAGGCAGUUUGCAGCUUGGAGCCUGUAGCCUUAGCCUGUAUGUUACGGCUUGGCUAAGCCCUUAUCUCACGCUUCCUCUUCACUCCAACAAGAAAUUCCCAUACCUCUCAAUUGACUCUAUCACCCGACCAAGCGUGACAUCUUCAUAUAACCUUUGUUCCCGAGACUGUUUUUGGUCAUCAUUCUUUGUCGUCAUUCUUUUUGUUGACUUCUUUGGUUCUUCACCCGUCUUAUCAGUGUUGCUAGGCAUCCCGCCAGUCAUCUGCCUGCUGCGUCAUUACCGCUGUUCGCGACUCAAAACUGUUGUCAACUCCGCUCAGACUAUGCGAUAAGGCUUCUCACACCUUCAAUCGAACUAAAAAAUGGCUUCUCCUUCGAGAAUCCCAUCUGAACAGCCUCCUAGGUCUGCUUCGCCUUCGAGCUUCCGACCUCGAUCGAUUUCCGCUUCGGUCCCUCGAGCUGAUUUGACAGCGCGUCUUGCUUCUCCCAUCCCGUCACAACUUGGCACUACACCUUCCAGAGGAGGCUCGCCACGACCCGAUGCAGCUCCGCGUGCCGAGAAUCUCGAGGACUUGAGUCAGUUGCCUGGAAGCGGCGCCAGCGCCCAAGGCCCUGGCCAGUCUCCUCCGCGACAUGGUACUCCUGCAGCUCGCGUUGCUACUCCUCCCGUUCGCUCACAGUCUCCUCUGCUCGGCGGUCGAAACUCGGGGACACCGACCAACUAUGGCUCUUUCAAUUCACGGUCACAAAAUGCGCUGGGCACCAGUGCACCUUACGAAGAUCCCGAGAUUGUCAAGCGCCAUCUAGUUCAACCCUCGGAUGAGAAUCCUGGCUCAGAAGAGUCAUCGAUUCAAGGUAAUUCAAAGGGCAAGCAGCCGGCCGAAAUCGGCGGUGCGGGCCUGGGCGAGGACGAGUUCUCCAGCUUGAGGUUACAGGGAGGUGAUGUGACUCGGGGUAUCUACAAGUGGACCGAACAGGCAGAAGCGAGAGCAAAGUACAACCGCAGCAAGAGUUUCGAUUUGGGACGACCCGAGCCCGAAGCGGAGGUACUUGACAUCAACUCGAUAAAGGUGCCCGGUGGCUUCCGAAGAAACCAUCUCCGUCGUAACGUCCAAAGUCCUGGUCCUCAAGGUCAUCUUGAGGACGGCCACGCCUCUCCUGCAUCGGGCCAGCAGAGAUUGUUCACCUCAAGCUUCCUCGAAUUCUUGACGAUUUAUGGCCACUUUGCUGGUGAGGAACUGGAGGAGGAUGACGAAGAUUUAGGACCGAACGAGUACUUCUCAUCCGGAGAAGACACAGACGAGUACAACUCCGACGACGAGCGGGAGCCCAUGGAGGAUAGUGCCUUGUUGACCCCUUCAAGACGCAGACGCAAGCGCAAGGUCCGCGGUGGCACCGGAAACAAUAGUCCCAUGAACGCGGCGUUGCUUCUUCUCAAGUCUUUUGUCGGUACCGGUGUUCUCUUCCUUCCUCGAGCGUAUCUCAACGGAGGUAUGCUCUUCAGCAACCUGAUUCUCUUUGGCGUUGCCGCUCUGAGCUAUUACUGCUUUGUACUUCUCGUACAAACACAGCUCAAGAUUGGAGGCUCUUUUGGAGAUUUGGGUGGUGCACUUUACGGAAAGCAUAUGCGUACCCUCAUUUUGGCUUCUAUUGUCAUCAGCCAGAUUGGUUUCGUUGCCGCUUAUACCGUGUUCACUGCCGCCAACUUGCAGGCCUUCGUCAGGGCUGUUUCCGACUGCAAGUCCUCGAUCAGUAUCCAGUGGCUCAUUCUUAUCCAGAUGCUCAUCUUCCUGCCUUUUGCUCUUCUCCGAGAUAUCGGAAAGCUGGGAUUCACUGCUCUGGUUGCGGAUGCCUUCAUUUUGAUUGGUCUGGCUUACCUCCUGUACUACGAUAUUCUAACUCUCAACGAGAACGGUAUUGCCGAUAUCAUCAUGUUCAACAAGAAGGACUGGACUUUGUUCAUCGGAACUGCGAUUUUCACGUUCGAAGGCAUUGGUCUCAUCAUUCCCGUUCAGGAGUCGAUGAGACACCCUCAAAAGUUUCCUCGGGUUCUGCUUAUUGUUAUGAUUAUUAUCACAGUCCUCUUCAUUGGCAUGGGUGCCAUCUCUUAUGCCGCCUACGGUUCUCACACCGAAACUGUUGUCUUGCUCAACUUGCCUCAGGACAACAAGAUGGUCAAUGGAGUUCAGUUCUUAUACUCUGUUGCCAUUCUGCUUUCUACACCAUUGCAGAUCUUCCCUGCCAUUCGUAUCGCUGAGACAGAGCUUUUCACUCGCAGUGGCAAGUAUAAUCCUUGGGUCAAGUGGCAGAAGAACGUUUUCCGUUUCUUCGUGGUGAUGCUUUGUGCGGCCAUUGCUUGGCUUGGAGCCGAUCAUCUGGACAAGUUUGUUGCUCUUGUUGGUAACUUUGCCUGCAUUCCACUUGUCUUUAUCUAUCCUCCUAUGCUUCAUUAUAAGGCAAUUGCCCGUACGAAGUUCUGGAAGGUGGCCGAUAUCCUACUCUGUAUCUUUGGAUUCAUCGCAAUGGCAUACGCAACCACACUUACUGCGAUGAGUUGGGCCACUGCGGAACCUAAGCAUCCGGGAUACUGUGAUGAGAAGGGAACAAUGACACGGCAAACUCGACCUCCGCCUCCUCCGCCAUUUCAAACUGUCGCAACAUGUCCGGAGCCGACAUGCGGAUGCGCGGCAACUCCUACUAUGCCAGAGGAUCUCCCUCUGGACCGUGAAGGGCCUCUGAAAGGCGCAAUUGCUGGGUAUGCAGAGCACGUACUACCUUUUCAUAAUAUUUCUGUUCUCAACUCGUCAUUUCCGAGCUCUGUUUCACCACGGCCUGAAGUUCAGACAACAUCGGUGUAUUUGGUUCCAAGUUUCAAAUACGUCCCUUUUCUACCGCGGAUAUCAUUUGAUAGUGUAGAAGCACUGGCUAAGGGGUUUCUGCUCCCUAAGAAGCUUCACCCUGCACAUGAAGGUCUCUCACCUAUACAUCGGGAUCGCUUGACCCGCAAAGAGGGCUACCAAGGAUUACUACCUGGCGUUCAAGAUGUUCGCGAUGUUUUGGUCUUGAUUUGUGGACAUACAGGACGCGACGCGAGAUGCGGCAUCAUGGCACCUGUUCUACGAACUGAGUUUGAGGACAAGUUGGAAAUGGAGGGUUUUGACGUCUUGCAUGGACCCGUGCAAAUUAAUCUCAACGAUAAACAAAGGAUACAGGGAGAAACUGGCGAAGGAAAGACUACAGCUAGAGUUGGUUUGAUCAGUCAUAUCGGAGGUCACAAGUUUGCAGGCAACGUUAUCAUUUAUCUGCCUCCAAACUUGAAGAUGGGCGAUGAACCGCAUCCUUUGGCGGGAUGUGGAAUCUGCCGUGUAUCAGUAGCUAAGACACAGCCUCCAAGAAUCUCAUCACGAAGCCUCUCAACCUCAUCACCACUACGGCAACACGCUUCUCAAAAACCAUACUUUUCCACCCCUCUUCAAGCACGAAUCUUCCCCUCUCUUAUAGUUGUCGGUAUAAUUCUUGUCGGUGGCGGUUACUAUCUUCUCACGCCGCCGUCUCGACCCAACACUCUCAACGAGAUAGCCUUUGUCCCCUACGGCAUCACAGCUCGCGAGGCCAUCUCACCAACCUCAUUCGUCAUUACCGCAGUCCCACGCACACCGAACCCUUCUCUACCAUACUUGAACGCCUCAAAUAACCGCUGGAGCUAUCCUCUUUGGUCUGUGGAGUUCAAGCAACCUGAGGUGCAAAUCUCUCGGCAUUAUACGCCUCUUCCUCCACUGUCCACGGAGGAUCCUACAGAUGGCUCGCUACGAUUUUAUAUCCGUACUGUUGACGAUGGUGAAAUGUCGAACUAUCUAGGUCGAAGACAGGUCGGAGAAGAUGUUUUUCUGCGUGGUCCACACGUUGGCUUUGAACUAGCUGAGCGAUUGGGUGAGCACUCUCGUCUUGUCUUUCUUGCAGGCGGUACAGGUGUAGUAUCUGGUAUGCAAGCAGCGAAGGCUGUCUUGGAAGCAAACGAAAAGUCAAGUGUUGACCUUCUCUGGGCCGUGAGGAAGAGAGAAGAGGUUCAAAACAGUGCUCCUCCUCGGCAUCCAUCGUGGAAGUUUUGGCAGGAAAAGAAGCCCACUACAUUAGGCGCUGAGGUCGAGAGCCCGAGCCCCGUCACGAAGCGUUUGCAAGACCUCAAGAUGACCUAUGGUGAUCGCCUAAGGAUUCAGGUCGUUGUUGACGAGGAGGGAACUCGCUUCCAGGAUAAGGAUAUUAGCAAUGCUAUCGCAGCAUCGCCUGGAGCCGUUGCUUCAUUUAAUGCAGGCUGUCGAUUCCACGAUCAAGCAAUGCAUGUCCAUGCCUCCGAAUUCGCUCUCCCUGAAGGUCCUGGCUGUGUGUGCAAGCCUUCUGAAUGCACCACCCCCGGGAAGAACUUGUUUAUUGUCUCUGGUCCCGACGGUUUCAUUGAGUACUAUGCCGGACCCAAGAUAUGGUUAGGUGGCCAGCAGACUCAAGGCCCGAUAUCUGGAGUAGCUGGCUAUCUGCAGAGACAGAACCCUACCCUGGCAAGAGAUUGGUUGGUCCUCAAGAUGUAAAAUCACUGUAAAAGA